CUUCUCUCUUGGGCCAGCAGCGUUUACAGACCUGGAUCUGGUCUUGUUUUUUCUUUUAAAUAAUAGAAUCUUUGUAAAUAUCCUAUUAAUACAUUUAAAAUCAGCUAACUGGACCACAUCAUUUGAUUUAUCUUCUGACCCGGAGUAGCCAGAAAAACAAGAGAUUUGCUACUAAGGAAGCUGAUUGUUUUCUCGUUGGGUGUAAUAGAGAUUAAGGUGUUCUGGUUUAGCACAUAUCAAUGUAGCUAUCGAUGCCAAACUACAGCCAAAGCAAAAGAAAGAAAAGGAUGAGAAUUUGGAUUUUAAAGGAUCAGGAAAAAUGCAACACAUGGCAUUCAUCCCAACCUACGAGGAUUAUAGUAAUGAAGCUCUUUCAGUGGUGAGUGAAGAUCAGUCGUUAUUCGAGUGCACCUACGGAACGCCACAUCUUACUAAAACGGAGAUGACCGCAUCUUCCUCCAGUGACUAUGGGCAAACCUCGAAAAUGAGUCCACGUGUGCCUCAACAAGACUGGCUCUCACAGCCUCCAUCCAGGGUGACCAUCAAGAUGGAAUGCAACCCUAGUCAAGUCAAUGGAUCAAGGAGCUCCCCGGAUGACUGCAGUAUAGGAAAAGGAAGCAAAAUGGGUGGAGGGUCGGAUAAUGUUGGAAUGAAUUAUGGCAGCUACAUAGAAGAAAAACACAUUCCUCCCCCAAACAUGACAACCAAUGAGAGGAGAGUGAUUGUACCUGCUGACCCUACUUUGUGGAGCACAGAUCAUGUCAGACAGUGGCUAGAGUGGGCAAUAAAAGAAUACGGCCUUCCAGAUGUCGAUGUGCUCCUGUUCCAAAACAUCGACGGGAAGGAAUUAUGCAAGAUGACCAAAGAAGAUUUCCAUCGACUCACGCCAAGCUACAAUGCUGAUAUCCUCCUCUCGCAUCUUCACUACCUCAGAGAAACUCCUCUUCCACAUUUGACUUCAGAUGAUGUUGAUAAGGCCUUACAAAACUCUCCACGGUUAAUGCAUGCUAGAAAUACAGGAGGUGCCUCUUUUAUUUUCCCAAACUCAUCCGUUUAUCAAGACGCAAACCAAAGAAUCCCCAGCAGGCAAGAUUUAUCAUAUGAGCCCUCAAGGAGAUCUGCUUGGACAAAUCAUCCUGCACCACCAUCAAAAGCAUCUCAACCAUCUACCACAGUUCCCAAAACAGAAGACCCCAGGCCACAGCUAGAUCCUUAUCAGAUUCUUGGGCCAACAAGCAGCCGACUUGCAAAUCCAGGAAGUGGGCAGAUUCAGCUCUGGCAAUUCUUACUGGAACUGCUUUCGGAUAGUUCCAACUCCAACUGCAUUACUUGGGAAGGAACCAAUGGAGAAUUUAAGAUGACCGAUCCUGAUGAAGUGGCAAGACGUUGGGGGGAGAGGAAAAGCAAACCCAACAUGAACUAUGAUAAGCUCAGCCGUGCACUUCGUUACUACUACGAUAAAAAUAUUAUGACUAAAGUCCAUGGCAAGCGCUAUGCUUACAAAUUUGAUUUUCAUGGGAUUGCUCAAGCUCUUCAACCUCAUCCUCCAGAAUCAACUAUGUACAAGUAUCCCUCAGAACUUCCAUAUAUGAGCUCAUACCAUGCACAUCCACAGAAGAUGAACUUUGUUGCCCCCCAUCCGCCAGCUUUACCUGUGACAUCGUCAAGUUUCUUUGCAGCCCCUAAUGCAUACUGGAAUUCACCAACUGGAAGUAUUUAUCCAAAUACUCGGCUGCCAGCUAGCCAUAUGUCUUCUCAUCUUGGAACCUACUAUUAAAUCAAGAUC